UUGAGAUGGCGGGAGUUACAAGUAGAGGAAUACUUUCAAGCUCCGUUAGUCCACAAUACCUGCACUCCAACUCCACUAGCCACACCUGGCCCUUUAGUGCUAUAGCAGAACUAAUCGAUAAUGCUUAUGACCCAGAUGUCUGUGCGAACCAAUUCUGGAUUGAUCAUAAAGUAUUCAAAGAACAGGACUGCCUCAUCUUCAUGGAUAAUGGAAAAGGCAUGGAUUAUGACAAGAUGCACAAAAUGCUCAGUUUUGGCUUCAGUGAUAAACAGACGAUAAAAGGCCCAGUGGGUAAUGGUUUUAAGUCAGGCUCCAUGCGCUUGGGGAAGGAUGCCAUUGUAUUCUCCAAAAAAGCCAGCACCAUGUGUGUGGGUCUCCUGUCACAGACUUACCUCGAGAAGACAGAAGCACAUAAUGUCAUAAUGCCUAUUGUCAUGUUUACCGAGACAAGACAGACUGUCAGUGCUACACCGGACCAUGCAAAAAAUCUUCAUGACAUCCUGACGCAUUCUCUUUUUCACACCAAGGAAGAACUGAUUUCAAAGUUCAGGUUUUGCCCCAGCUCAAGUGGAACCUGCAUCAUCAUCUGGAACCUACAUAGAACAUCUUUAGGAGAAUUGGAAUUUGACUUUAAGAAGGAACCCAACGACAUCCAGAUCCCUGUUGAUGUGUACAAGGGCUCCAGGGAGAAGUUCAGGCGGCAGGCAUGGGAUGGCAUGUCAGUGCCUGAGAGUGAAUAUUCACUAAGGGCAUACUGCAGUAUUCUGUACCUGAAGCCAAGAAUGCAGAUUAUACUUAAAGGGCUGAAGGUGGAAACUCAGUAUGUUAUAAAAACUCUAGCAAAGGUCGAUACGGACACAUACAAACCUGAUUGUCCUCCCCCAAUUCCUUUGUUUCAGAAAAAAGCUGUAACCAUUACAUUUGGCUACAACACAAGGAGUAAAAAGCACUACGGAUUGAUGAUGUACCACAAUAACCGCCUCAUUAAAGCCUAUGAGCGUGUUGCCUGUCAGCGCAGGGACAACAAGGGAGAGGGAAUUAUCGGGGUUAUAGUGUGUAACCACCUCACACCAAUUCACAACAAGCAGGACUUUGAGGACAAUGAAGCGUACAGGAGAACCAUGUCUAGUGUAGGGAAAAAGCUUGAGGAAUAUCGGAAGCAAGUCCAUUUUAUACAUGACACAAAAUGCACAGAACGUUUUGAGGAUACCGUGACGCAACCAGAUGAACAGUGGGUUCAGUGUGAUGACUGUCUAAAGUGGCGAAAACUUCCAGAUGGCGUUGAUCCUAAAAAGCUUCCUAAAAGUUGGCUCUGCCACAUGAACCCUGAUCCAAAAUACAGGAAUUGUACAGAUGAAGAAGAACCCGAGGAUUCUAAUGGUGGACAAUCCAGACCAUAUCAAAACUGGGUGCAGUGUGACGAUUGUCAAAAGUGGCGAAAACUUCCUGAUGGCAUUAAUACUGCAAAGCUUCCGGAUAAGUGGCAGUGCAGUUUGAACCCUGACCCCCAGUUCAGGAGUUGUUUAGUUGAUGAAGAGCCUUACAAUUCUGAUAACGAAGAACCCAGAUACCAAAAAAUCUACAAACAGUAUGAGAGAAAUCAGAUGUUGCAAAUGGAGAAGACCAUACAGAAGAGCCCCGCCAAAGGAACACCUGGCUCCCCCCACAAUUUCCAUCUUAACAGACAUGCAGGCUCAAGAUCUCCUGACUUUCCAGUUAUUUCCCAUGUUAGAUCUCUCUCUACUGUUUCAACAGGGAAGAGAUCUCUGAGGCCAAGCCAAGAGAAUGGAGAGAUAAAACGAGCCAGAACAAGAGACACAUUUGAGAGCAACACGCCAGGCAGUCCAUCCACAGCCUCACGUGAGGUCUGUUCCUCAUCAGUCAUAUUCAGGCCUGAGGGUGGUGGUGAUCCAGCAUUGAAAGAUAAUAAAACAUCACCAAUAGAGAAUGACAAGUACGAUGACAUUAUGUUCAUUAAGGUCCACAGCGUACCUAAGUCAGCAACAGAAAUAUUUGACAUUACUCAGGUAAAGUCAGAGCGUGUGGAGAGUAAAGAGGAGUUGGGAAAACAAAAGGAGCGUGCUGACAGUGAUGGUGCUGCAUCCAUGGAGACAACAGCAGCAGCUUUGUCCUCCAACUGCAGCAUCGGAACCCAGACCCAUCAAAACCCAAUCGUGAAACAGGAAGAGGAGUAUUCAGGAACAAGCCAAGAUGGAGAAAACAAUAUAAUUCAUUUUGAUCCCUCUAUGGUAGAGAGCAGUACAAGUAAAGACCUGAAUUCUAUAAAAGCAGAAACAAGAUCCCAACAAAAGAAUGUACCCAGUCUAGAGGAAGAAAACCAAGAAAAAAGCAAGACUACAGGUACACCAAAAUCAGCAGAAGAGCUAAGCCAUGGGGACAUCUCAGAUGAAAUUAGUCCAGGUUAUCAGUCUUCAGCAAAACUGAAAGACUCUGUUCUUGAUGUAUUAGAAGCCCAGCAGCAACAGGACAGGCUGCUGGAACUGCUGGAGGUGGCAGCAAAGGAUCGAGAUGAGAGCCGCUCUCAGCAGCUUCUCCUCAGCUCACAAGUGGAGGAGCUGAGGAGCCAAUUGCAGGAGUUUAAACAAAGCAGACUGAAGAACAAGCACAGCCACCAUAGCACACAGACCAACCCAGAGGAGGCAGAAGACUACAAAGUGCUAUACUUGCAGGUGAAAGAGGAGAUAAAACAGCUCCAAGAUCAGCUCAGUGAGCUGAAGGUAGAGAAAGCAGUGUGGGAGAGAAAAGGCCAGGAAGCUUCAUUAGAGUGUGAUGAGUUAGCCUGUCAUAUGGACAGACUGUUAGGGGAACUGGACCAGAAAAACAAGGAGCAAGAAGAGCUAAAGGAAAAGGUGGUCAGUUUAGAAAAUGGGAAGUGCACUUUGAUGACAUGCUGUGAGAGGCUACAGAAAGAGUUAGACAAGAUAAAGAGUGAAAUUGAAAAGGUGGAGGUAAGUGUAGAAGAUCGAGAGGUCCAGACAGAUUUUCCCUCCUCCCAUGAAGAAAAUACAGCAACCUCAGCAGAAGCCCUAACUUCAGGAAGAGAAAGAGACUCGCAAUUGCAGCAACAUGAGGCACAGGGCAGAUCAGAGUAUGUCCGAGACAACAACAACCCGCAGACAGACCGCUCUAGAUUAAGAGACCUCAGGCAAAGAGUGGCACAACUCCUGCUUACCUUCAUCCCUGCUCUGGACCUGCAGCAGUUAAAUUACGAAUGCAAUGUCAUUGAUGAGAUUCUCACUUCUGUAAAUGAGAUCAUUAAUACAAGGGCAGCCUCAAUGUAAAAGCAGUGUGACCAGAAGAUUGCAAUCUUUUACAGGACAGUAAUCAUUUGAGUGGUUAACGCAUAAAGAACGACUAGCGCUGCCUUGUUUUAGUUUUUUUAUUUUACAUAAAAUUUUUUAUUUUAUUUUACCUGAUUAAACAUAAAUGUUUUUAUUGUUUGCAUUCAUUCUCUUUGUGUAAAUGUAUUGAAGAAUAUUGCCAUCUUGCGACUAAUGACUGAGGAAUGUGUGUGUUGAAAAAUCUCAACACUUAUUUACUUCAACAUACCCAAGUCAUGAUGUGGAAGAUUUUUAUUUUCCACUUUUUAAUGUUACCUUAAUUAAACAUAUAAAGCAAAUGCUGUAUCUCUAGUCAAUAAGGACUAAAGAAUGACUCAGGGCUCUGCACAGAUCUAAAUGAAAUAAGCAGGAUUUAUUGCAGCAAUGAAACCCAAGUGAGCCGCAAUUGCAAUGCUAAAUCCAAGCAUUAUCAAGAGCAGACUGUCUGACAGUUACAUGCCGGCUUCUUACAUACAGUUUUCAAGAAGAAGGAUGUACCGUACACCUUGUCCCCUUCUCUGUACUACUUCUUCAAUUUCUUACUAAAGUUUUAACCCAUUAUAAUGUCCGUUAGAACACAAACUAACGAGAGUGCAACUAUUGGUACUCAAACGGAUUUUCCAGCACCUGCACCAAUUCUAAACCGUGGCAUUUCUGCUUUUGUCCCCUUUACUAAUCUUCCUGUGGGUGUUGUUCUGGCUCAGAGAAGGUUGAUGUUUGAUAUGUGAUUUUCUAUACAUUUUAUUUUGCUAUUGAU